AUGUCUGGAGCAUGUCAGGACAGAAGAAGCCGCUGGCAGGAGAUUCAGAAAGGCCUGCAGUUUAUUGAAUCGACUCUCCCAUUUCCUGGAAGCCCAGACCAGUAUGAGGUUUUUAUUAAGGAUCUAGUGUUGAACCUCUUUGGAGAAGGAAAUGAUGUGUACAAAGAAGGAGAAUGGGCCAAGUCUAUAGAGAUGUACACUGAAGCACUGAGCGUAGCAGACUAUGCCGACUCUGAAGACAUAUGCGUCUGCACUGGGCUCAUCGAGAAGCUGUACGCAAACCGAGCCGCCGCUUACCUUAAUAUUACUGGCCUGUCUGAUGCUGCUCUUGACGACUGUGAAAAAGCUCUCCAGCUGAAUGAAGGCAACUACAAAGCUCUGUUCAGGAAAGCCAAGUCCUUGAAGGAUCUGGGGAGACAUCAGGAGGCCUAUGAGGCCGUUGCCAAAUGUUCUCUCGUGGUGCCUCAGGAUCCCAGUGUAAUGCAGUUGACUCAGGACCUUGCCAAAAUGUUAGGGUUGAAAAUUCGAAAAGCUUACGUAAGGACUAAGCCCGCCUUGAAUGUUUUAAGAGGAUCGUCUUAUCAAGAUGCAUCAUCUGAAAAGUUUUUUAAUGGUCUGUCUUCAGUUGAAGAUAUAGAAAUGGAAGUGCCUCUGUUAAAUCCCGAUAGUGUUUUGGCUUCAGUCCCGGCUCCUGUCCCCGUCCCGUCGCAGUCACCUCUGAUAGAGGGGAUAUUUGAUGAGCGUCCUCCCAGCACCAGUCUCUCUGGUGGGACCCCCGCGGACUCCAAACCCCCAGGCUUUGAGUCGGUCCUCCUGCCUGUGUCUGUGCCGCCCUCCUCCCCCCUCCCUGUGCCCACAUUUGUAAACGGAUGCAGGUCAAAUAAACCCUGCUCACUACUAGAAUCCAGCACGGGUUUUGACACAGACAUUAUUGGGGACGAUUUGGACGAUCUUCUAGACCAAGCAGGCCCCGAGUCAGACCUGGGUAUACAGAGAUCCAAGGGGCCUCUUCCAUUGCCAACUAGUAUUUCCUCUAAUAGUCCGCUGCCGAGGCCAUUCCUAAUGCCGUCGAAUAUUAACCCCUUUCUACCAACUAGCACUCAAACAUGCACUGUCACACUCCCCCCUUUGUAUCAACAAUCUGGAUCGUUAUUUGGUUUGUCCAGUUUGUCCACUUUUGAUACCUUACCCCAGCCUUUGGACUCCUUGGAUACCCUCUCCAUAUCUGACUAUAAAUCAGAAUUUGCACCUCUUCCUUUUCUUCGACAGAUGAACAAUCAUGAUUCUCCGAUGGGGAUGCCUGUGGGAAUGCCAGAGGUGAAGGGGCUCCCUGCUGCUGUAGAUUUGGCCAAAAACCCUUUAGCAGACACCCAUGAAUUUAGACAAGCGUGUUCAGCCUGUUAUGUUCGAACAGGUGCCGGUGUAUUGGACUACACACUUCACACAGAGGAGCAUAAAUGCAAAAAAGAUGCGUUACUGGGCCGAAUCAAGCAUUCGACAGACAAAACGUGGAAGUUGAUACGGCCAAGACCCACAAAAACCCAAUAUGUCGGCCCCUAUUACAUUUGCAAAGAGGUGGCGGUUGGACAAGAAUGCUUGUACCCGGGCCAUUGCACAUUUGCAUACUGUCAGGAAGAAAUUGAUGUUUGGACUCUGGAGCGAAAAGGCUUUAUCUCCAGGGAGCUGCUCUUUGAUCCUUUCGGACCCCACUCCAACGUCAGGUUGACAGUCCCAAAAAUCUUACAGGAGCAUCACGGCAUUUUUAUGUUCCUUUGUGAAGUUUGUUUUGACCAUAAGCCAAGAAUAAUCAGCAAAACCAAUAAAGAUAUUCCUUCGCUUUGCUCCCACCCUGUGACAAAACAUGACUUUGAGUCUCAUAAGUGCCUGGUUCACAUAUUGAAGGAGAACAUGGUCCGUUAUUCUAAAAUCCGGCCCUUAACGCCGCUGUGUCAGCUGGAUCUGUGUCGACAUGAAGUGAGAUACGGAUGCAGCAGAGAAGAUGAGUGUUUCUACGCUCACAGCCUCAUCGAGCUCAAGGUCUGGAUGAUGCAGCGGGACCUGGGUCUUAGCGCUGAAAGUAUUGUCCAAGAAGCUAAAAAGUUUUGGGCUGCAAACGCUUCAUUGCAGGGUGUGCAGCUUCCUAAUACACAACCUAGAUUUGGGCCUCCAAAUCUAAAGAUGAUGUUUGUCUGUGGCCAAUGCUGGAGAAACGGUCAACUAAGUGAAGCUGACAAAAACAAAAAGUAUUGUUCUGCUAAAGCCAGGCACACGUGGGCCAAAGACAGAAGGGUAGUACUAGUAAGCUCCAAUGAAAGGAAAAAGUGGACAACUGUUCGUCCACUUCCAACCAAAAAGCCAAUACCUGCUCAGUUUGAGAUUUGCAUGCAUGUAACUGCUGGCAAGAAGUGCCAGUACAUUGGCAAUUGCACAUUUGCUCACAGUGUAGAAGAGCGAGAUCUAUGGACCUAUAUGAAGGAAAACAACAUUGGAGACAUGGAACAGCUUUAUGAUCAGUGGCUGCUGUCUCAGAGGCCCGGCUGGGGUGACGACUCCUCGAACAACUCUAUCCGGGAAAAUGGCAAACAGAUCCAUAUGCCAACAGACUAUGCAGAAGAAGUGGCUGGUAAUCAUUGCUGGCUUUGUGGUAAAAACUGCAACAGUGAGAAGCAGUGGCAGCAGCACAUCACUUCAGAAAAACACAAAGAUCGUGUCUUUAACUCUGAGGAUGAUCAGAACUGCUGGCAGUAUCGAUUUCCCACAGGCACUUUUAAAGUUUGUGAAAGAUUCCUCAAAGGCACUUGCACAGAGGAUGAGUUGUGCAAAAUGGCUCACGGGGAGCAGGAGCUGAGGGAGUGGAGAGAGCGUAGGGAAUUCCUUUUGAUGAAACUUGCCAAAGCUAGAAAAGAUCAUCUUAUAGCACCGAAUGACAAUGAUUUUGGAAAAUACAGUUUUCUCCUAAAAGACAUUUAA